CAUCAUUCUGUGAGGAGAGGAGGAUCCCCUGCCUGCGCAGCCACAACACAGAAGGAGACGCAGAGGAGCCAUAAGAGCAGAUCCUAAAAAAAACAACCAAAAUAAUCCACGCUGAGCUCAUUAUCUGCCACCAUGUCCGCUGGAGGAGAUCUAGGGAACCCACUGAGGAAAUUUAAACUCGUGUUUUUGGGAGAGCAGAGCGUGGGGAAAACAUCUCUCAUCACUAGAUUCAUGUACGACAGCUUUGACAACACGUAUCAGGCAACCAUUGGAAUUGACUUCCUAUCAAAGACCAUGUACCUGGAAGACCGAACAGUAAGACUCCAGCUGUGGGAUACAGCUGGACAGGAGCGUUUCAGGAGCCUCAUCCCAAGCUACAUACGAGAUUCUACUGUGGCUGUGGUUGUCUACGACAUUACAAAUGUGAACUCAUUCCAGCAGACAUGCAAGUGGAUUGAUGAUGUCAGGACGGAGAGAGGAAGUGAUGUCAUCAUCAUGUUAGUCGGCAACAAAACAGAUCUGGAGGAGAAGAGGCAAAUCACGAUCGAGGAAGGCGAGCAGAGAGCCAAGGAGCUCCACGUCAUGUUCAUCGAGACAAGUGCCAAAACAGGCUCCAAUGUCAAACAGCUGUUUCGUCGAGUUGCAGCAGCCCUACCUGGAAUGGAAAGCUUGGACGAUGCAAACCCUGAAGGCAUGAUCGACAUCAAGCUGGACAAACCGGCGGAGCCUAGUGUCCCCGAGGGCGGUUGCUCAUGUUAAUGCAGAGCUGCUAUCGGACAGCUCCCUUCACACCAUAGGCUUGUUGUGUUGCUUACUACUGGUUAGCUUCCAGUUGACUUCUCUGGUUGGAUAUAAGAUGUCUGGGCCUUGUAUCUGAUCGGACAAAUCAAAUGUUAUCUCUCAGUCUUGUUCAGUUGUAAAAUAUUGUAUACUUUGUCAAUAUGUAAGUGACUGGUGGAGAAAAGGGAAGAUUAAUUUAAAAAAAAAAAACCAAACAAAAAACAUUGACAUGCAAAUGAACAAAUAACCGUUUUGGAAAAAUGACAAGGGGGAGAAAAAACGUGACAACCAAUGACGUUCUUUUCGCUGUUAAGUUUUGUAUUUUUUAUAUAUAAAAUGGGAAAGCACCAAAAAUGAUGCCUAAAGAUAGAAGGAGGAAAAGGUGGAGGCCGAACACAUCUGAAUGUCUGCAGCACGCAUGCACGCUGAUCUGAUCUUUGACUUUUGGCCUGCCCUCCAGGGUCUCUGCUCUCUGGACGGAGGUUGAUUAUCUUAGAAUGUUUUAUAGCAUCUCUCUAUAGCAUCUCAUGACGAAACGUAUCUCAUUUGAUAUUCCCACAAGAGUCGACUUCUAGUAGGUUCACUUAACAGUAGCUGUGAAAACGUGGCACUCUAUCUCUAUGGGUUUAACUUUUAUAGAACAAACUGUACUGUGGUUUAAAAAAGAGAAAAAAAAGAAGAAGUAACAAUAAGACAACUUACUAUCACACCUCCCCCCCAAAACCACUCCUCUCCUCUUUCUCCUCUCCUACUCCCUUUACUCCUGUCUUCCCCAUCCCUUCAUCCUGGUAAUACACAUAUAACGAUCCACUGUAAUGCACUGCACUGUAUAUAAUAAUGUAAUAUGUAUGUUGUGAACGUCCCUCUGUAGAAGUGGUCCUUGUUCACCAGUAUGAAUAAUGUAAUAAUGUUUAAUGAUUAAUAAAUUACAAAUUAAAGGGCUUCACUCUCCUAACCAUCAACAUUCACCGGGUAGCAAAAUGGUCUGCUCUAAUAAAUGUUACCUUGAUUUUUUUUUUUCCUUUUCAUGAAGUAUAGUGAUCAUAUCAUGUAUUUUAAUUUUUUAAUAUAAAGAAGGGUUUUGGUAAGAUUUCA